CGGGAGCGCGCGUGCGCCGCCAGGAUGCGGCCGGGCCCGGCCCCCGCGGCGGCACUGACGGACGUGGUAAUUCUAGAAGCUAUGGAUAUACUCUUCAGAAUCAGAGGAGGUUUGGAUCUUGCAUUUCAGCUUGCAACCACUGAUGAGGCAUCAACGAAAAAGGCAUUAGGAUAUGUUUUCAGUGAUCUUGAAAACAAACUGUCCUCAGAGGUUCUUGUGUUAAGAAUUUGCCACAGUUCAGUCUAUGUGUGGCCUAACAAUGGUAUGAGCACAGUUCCAGAGCUGACUGAUGAGUCUGCCUGUAAGGAGAUAAGACGAUUUAUACAAUUUGAUCAAGAUGAUGAAACCAAACGAAAGCUUGGCAAAAAAAAGGAUAAAAUGUUACACGAUACGCAGCAGAUAAUCAAUGUGGAUCUCAUGUUGGAAAUGACCUCUUCAUUAGCUGCUUUGGCUCCAGUCAUUGAAAGGGAAAAGAAGGAACACCACUACAUAAAUAUGACAUUACCAGUUGAUGUUGUUGUAUCUGUUUCUCCAGAAGAACCAUGGGGAAAGGUACAAAAUCUCCUAGUGAAAGCAAUUCAUGGGCAAUUAACUGACAUGGAAAGAUGUAUCAUGAAAUAUAUGAAAGGAACAUCAAUUGUGGUACCAGAACAAUUUCAUUUCAUGCUACCAGGAAAAAAUCACCUUGUAACAAUCUCAUAUCCUACAGGUAUUUCAGAUGAUCAACUGGAAAGUUACAGAAAGGAAUUGCAUGGGUUAUACAAUCUGCCUUGUGACAGACCAUAUUUCAAGAGAGCAAAUGCUUAUCAUUUUCCAGAUGAACCAUAUAAAGAUGGAUAUCUCAGAAAUCCUCAUUUACAUCUUAGUUCACCUGGCAUGGAGUCUGGUAUGGUUUAUUUAGUACAAGGUGUAUAUAGUUACCAUCACUAUAUGCAGGAUCGCAUCGAUGACAGUGGCUGGGGCUGUGCCUAUCGGUCUUUGCAGACAAUCUGUUCUUGGUUCAAGCAACAAGGCUACAUGGAUAGACCUAUACCAACACACAAGGAAAUUCAACAGGCAUUGGUUGAUGCUGGAGACAAGCCUGCAGCAUUUGUUGGGUCACGGCAAUGGAUUGGUUCAAUUGAGGUACAGCUUGUUUUGAAUCAGCUUUUUGGAAUAACAUCCAAAAUAUUAUUUGUCAGCCAGGGUUCUGAACUAGCAUUGCAGGGGAGAGAGCUGGCUAAUCAUUUCAAGACUGAGGGAACUCCAAUUAUGAUUGGUGGAGGUGUUUUGGCUCACACAAUAUUAGGAGUGGCUUGGAAUGAGACUACAGGUCAUAUAAAAUACUUAAUUCUAGAUCCACAUUACACUGGAGGAGAAGAUCUGCAUGUUAUUUUGGAAAAGGGCUGGUGUGGCUGGAAGGGCCCGGAGUUUUGGAACAAGGACGCCUAUUAUAAUCUGUGCCUACCUCAACGACCAAAAGCUAUAUGAAUUCAUUCUUAUGCUGGAACAUGCUAAGACAGAAUAGUAGCUGAUCUAGAUAAAAUUGUCCUGUUAUUUAUCAAAAUAAUGCUUUAAGUCAAUCAAAACACAGUUGAAAUAGAAAUGUUGGUUGAAUAACUUAAAUUAUGAAACUUUUUUUUUAAUGAAACCUCUAGAAAUAAGAGUUACUUGCUUAGAACUGUAUUCCUUACAAAUGCAUUUAUUAGGCAACGAAUACUCUAUACUUUUCCAUAGAACAACUUUAUGUUUAUAUAGUAUUUUCUCUUCUGCUAAAAUCUUUAUAGAUUAAACGUCAAAUCCUUUCGUUUUAUGGAAUUCCUUCAUGACAAAAAGAUAGACUGUCCUCUGCCUUUCCAGUUCCACUUAGCCAGCUGUCUUGUGCAUCAUGAAUCUGUUCAAUCUUGUUUGCUGCUGGUACUCUUGAUGACACAUUUUAGGAGUGGGAGAAAAAUGGCUAUGCGUACUGAAUUUUAUUAAUUUUGCUCUCAACACAUAUUUACACAGCAAAAAAAAUGCAGGAGAAUUAACUUUACAUGCUCAUUUAUUUAUAGAUAUAUGAAUAGAAGUAUUCUAGGGGGAAAAAAAAACCUCACAACAUUCUUCUGUAAGAAGUAACAAUAAACAAACUUUCCUCCUUCUCAGAAGGAGAUGGUGUCCUGUCAGCAAACACAUCUGACUGCUCAGUGUAUCAUCCAGUCAUGGUUCUUCAGACUUCAGAUUACCCUUAUUUUAUGUUUGGAUUACAGGCUGUUUCUUCUUGCAACUAAGAGAGGAGAUCUGUCAUAUAAACAAACAAAAUAAGUCUGUAGUUACUUCAUCAGUACAUUAGUAAGACUACCUAUGAUUUUUAUUUUUUUUCUGUGUAAAGUAGCUUCCUAAGUGGUAUUCCCCAUGUACUGUCCAUUUCCAAGAAGACCCUAGCCUUAACUACUAUGCAAGUUCAUCCUUAUUAGCCGCUUCUAAAUAUAAAUGCUCUGCGUCUAACACAAAUUUCUUUUACUUAGGUGCUAAAAACAUUUAAAAAAAUACUUUCAACUGUAUUAAACCAAUGCUAUUACCCACCAUCUGAUCUUCUCCUCUUCCUGCUUAUGGAUCUGCUGGUUUCACUUUCUUGUUUCUGGGCAGUUGGAUCCUCUCUCAGCCAGGCAUGUUUGUCACUUAGCGAGUAUCCAGACUGCCGUCUCAGUUUCAUUGUCUGAGUGUGCUGAAUUGUCCUGAGGAACUUGGCACAUUCCAGAAAGCCAUAAUCCAGUGCGAGAUCUGCUGCUGUCUGUCCACUGUUGUUGCACAAGCUAAAACACAGAAUUAACAAUAAUCAAUUAAACUGGAAUAAUGAGCAAGUAUUGAUUAAGUGGUAAAUUUAGGCAGUUGUAUAAAAAUAAGUACAGAUACUCAACACCAAGGUUUGUCAAUGAUAGCACAGGCCUCAUACAAGGAGUUGGUAUUAAAAACAACAAGGAAUAAUUAUUUUAAAAUAGAUUUGUCAUCAGACUGUUACUGGCUUAGCAUAUUAGAAAGGCAAAAGAAGGUGACAUUAUGAUCAGGAAUAUUCUCUCAGCAGUUGUUACAGAGGUAUACAGCUAAACAGCAGCAUGUGGUCUGUGCUACUUUGGUGUUCACAUCAGUUUUUAAUACUCUCAUCACUAUAGUCAUACUAUAUUUGCAGCCUCAGCAUGCAUGUUCUGAGCAAGUUAAAUGUCCUGCGUAAAAUGUACAUCCUUUGAUGCUCUUACUGAAGUUACUAAAUGUAGCUCAACUUACUCAAUUUUAGCAUCACCAGCAACAAGGAGAGCAAGACAUUCCAAACUCCCAACUUUUGCUGCUUUAUGAAUCGGAGCUUCUCCAAGGCAAUCCUAAAAACACAAUUUAUAUAUAAUAGUCACUUGAAAGAAGAGGAAUAGGAUAAAGCUGUCUUUUUCUCCAAAAUGAUUAUUUAAGUAGACCAGUCUGUUGUGAGCUGAGAGAGAUUAAAGGAAUAUAGCUAGCAAAGUGACCUUGAUAACUGCCAUUAAUGUCUAGUGUAUUCAUCACCACAGAGUAGAAACGCUGUCCACUGCAGUACUCAUUGGUUAACCUUUGCCUUCUAAAAGAUAAUUUACACAGAAUACUCUCUACACAGAUUAACAGCAUCUCUUAGAACCAUUCAAGGAUUAUACUGACCAAAGGCUUGCGACCAGCUCAGAGGUAUAAGGAAUUAAACUUUGCAACUAGAGUAAGAAUCCUAAUAUUUACUGGAAAUGGGGACAAAAUUGGAGGAAAAAUACUCAAUUGUGUAAAAAAUUGUUUGGUCAUCUGCAUGCAGGUACUCCUAAGUGUGAAAACUGAAUUAUACAUAGCAAGUGAAAUCGCUAAUGCAAUAGAGACAGGAUUUCUUGUUCAUGCUAGAAGUUACUCUAGAUAAACAACCUGAGAUACCUCAUGCAAUAUAAAUGUGUAUUUAAAAACCUUCUCUGAGAUAAAAAGCAUGUAAAUAAUAUUAAAUGGAUUUAGUGGCAUGCCAGAUUCGAAGUGGAAGGAAUAAAAAUUAUGUGUUUUUA